AUGUCCAAAUCGGGCAUCUUUUUGGUUCCAGACAUGGCACCAUGGCCCAAGUCAGACUACCCAGCCCACAUUGGGGCUCUUUUUGAGAUGAUUAGAUCACCUUGCUUGUCAAGGUCUCCCAACGUCAUAAAUACCAAACAGGUACAAACAAACAACCCAGGGGCCAUGGGGGUCUUUUCUUGCAUAUCGCGCACGCGAGCGGGCAAGCAUGAACAAACAAACUUUCUACGGGCCAUGGGGCUCUUUUCUUGCAUAUGGCGCACGCGAGCGAGCAAACCGGUGCAAACAACUGGUCUUUUCAAAACAUGA